AUGGGUGCAAAUGGAAGUAGUGAGAUUCAAUUAACGUUUAAUCGUCCAAAUUUAUUUUAUUUUGCUGGUGAACAAAUAUCAGGCAAUAUUUCAUUUCAAAAUACACAAGACAAACUAAUGUUAGAUGCAGUUUUUCUUGAAUGUGUUGGUGAACUAGGAUAUACAACACGAGAACAUCGUCAUUACCAUGAUAAAGAUGGACAAAAACGAACCGAAUAUUAUACAAAAUAUCAUCAAAUACCAUUUCUAAAUUUUCGUAUUGCUGUUGCACAACCACAAUAUGGUCAACGUGAAAUAACUCUUUAUCGUGGUCAACAUUCAUGGCCAUUUGAAUUUAUUUUACCCUCGAAUUUACCUCCAUCAUUAAUUCCAUCGACAAUUUCAUAUCCUUAUGUUAAAUAUUAUACACGUAUUGUUCUUGAUAAGCCAUGGUACAAACCAAAUGCUAAACAAAUUUUUCCCUUAACCAUUUUUCCUCAUGUUAAUCUUCUUCAUAUACCAGGUGGACAACAACAUGUAGUUUUUUCAAAUGAAAAUCGAAAGAAAAUUCGAAUAGAAGGUUUUUUAAUUCGAGGUGGCGUUGUGCCUGGUGAAAAACUUUCCAUUCAUAUUAAUCUUCAAAACCCUAAUCGAUCAGAAAUCAAAAGAAUUGAAGCAACAUUAAUUCAACAUCGACAAGUCGCUCAAAGUUGUCAUGCAGAAGUUAUAUUUCGACUAGAUUUACCAGAUGUACGUGGUUUUAAUGAUACAGAAUUACGAAGAACUUUUGAUCUUAUUGUGCCUGCUGUACACUUAUCUCCUACGUACACGUAUAUGGCAACAUCUUUUACUGUAACAUUAGGAGUUUCAAUUCACUAUGAACUGAUACUAGAUGUCAAAGCACGUGGAUUAUUUACUGAUUUCAAAAUAAGUGUGCCAGUCGUUGUUGGUACUGAACCAAUAGCAGUUGAACACCAACAACAACAAAUGAACCAUCCAAUCGAAAUGCCUACAGCUAGUGCUCCAGCAUUCGAAUAUGAUGAGCCACCACCAAGUUAUGAUGUAGUAGUUGCAAAUCAGAAAAUGGAUUCAAAAAUACAACCAACAUCGUCAAGUUUAGAUUUAGACCAACAUGGAAAAGAAGCUGCAUAUCUUGUACCAAACAGCAGUACCGCCAAUGCCAAUCCACAUGUUAUUACUGAUAAUGUAAAUGAAAUAACAAUAACGCUGUCAUCUACUGAAAACAAUCAUUGUAUUUUGACCAAUUUAGCAGCUUCAAAUGAACGUUGUUAUAUAGCAUGCUCUAGUUGUUCGAACAAUGCUGAUAGUGAAAUUAUUGAUAUUCGUGUGCAAACAUCUAAUUAUGAUUAUUGUGAUUCUGAAAAUGAAAAUAAAAGUGGUCAUUCUGAAGCUGUAUCAAAAGAUGUUAUUUUGUGUGAGAAAUUAAUUAGUAAUCUUUUAUCUUUGAAGAAAGUUAAUGAAAAUAUUAAUACUCUCUGA